UAUGCCAUUCAUUUUGGUGUUAACCCAUUUCAAAGCGCUAGAUGAAAUCGACGUCGUAUAAUUUUGACACUCUUGCUGUCCACAUUGAUCAAGAACAUAACGCUGAGAAGGGUGCCGUUGUGAUUCCGAUAACUUUGUCAACCACGUUUGAAAAAAAGUACCCAAACAUUCACGAGGGCUUUGAAUAUGCGAGAACCAAUAAUCCGACACGCCAGAAGCUUGAGAAAAGCGUAGCGGAUCUCGAGAAAGGAAAAUGGGGACUUGCGUUUUCGUCUGGAUCGGCUACCUUAUCUACCAUAUGUCAGCUGUUCGAAACAGGAGAUCAUAUUUUGGUAAUUGAUGAUGUAUAUGGUGGAACACACAGAUACUUUAGUCAAGUAUUAGUAAAAAGUGGCAUUCAGUUCAACUUUUCUGACAUGAUGCACGCGGAGACCUUUGAGAAGGAGAUUCGACCCAGUACCAAAAUGGUAUGGAUAGAAAUACCGACAAACCCAUUAUUAAAAAUCUGUCCGCUGACAGAAAUCAUAGAGGUAUCCAAAAAGCAUCAACUAUUGGUAGUAGUUGAUAAUACGUUUAUGUCCCCUUAUAACUUAAAUCCAUUAACUCUUGGCGCAGAUAUUGUUGUACAUUCAGCAACAAAAUAUUUAAACGGUCAUUCUGAUGUUGUUAUGGGCCUUGCUAUUGGAAACGAUUUAGGAAUUUACGAGAGGCUUAAGUUUUUGCAGAAUGCAUCUGGAAUGACUCCUUCUCCUUUUGACUGCUAUUUGCUUAUGCGUGGUAUAAAGACUCUCUCUAUUCGAAUCAAAGCCCAUAAUGAGAAUGCUAUUCGCGUUGCUGAAUUUUUGGAAAAACACCCUAAUGUCGAACGUGUCAUUUAUCCAGGUCUUCCUUCUCAUCCUCAACAUUCUCGAGCCAUUCAGCUCUUCGAAAAGGGCUAUGGAGGCAUCAUCAGCUUCUUUAUUCGCGGUGACCUUUCGAAAACUAUCGAGUUCUUCCAAAAUUUGUCUUUGAUUGUUCUUGCCUCGAGUUUGGGUGGCGUCGAAUCUCUGUGCAACCAUCCAGCAUUCCUGACCCACUCUGCCGUUCCGCAAGAUAUCAGACUGAAGAUGGGCAUCACUGAUAACUUAGUGCGCUUGUCCGUCGGCAUAGAGCAUAUAGAUGACAUCAUCAACGACCUGAAGCAAGCACUCGACCGUAUUAGCACACAAACUUCUGCGCAGUGAUAGAUGCUUGGAACGGAGCUGCUUCCUUGUCGAGAAAUGAAAGCCUUUGAAGAAACACAAGAUUAAAAAAUGAGAGCUCGUGUUCGAUCUAAUGAUAAUAACCACACAUUGAUCAGCUGAAAAAAAUAAUUGUACCUGCGACAGGUGGUAUCAUAUGCCUAGUUUUUUUCGUACCACGCAUU